CACUCUCUCUCUCCUAUAAUUCUAACUCAUACACUAGCUUACCCCAAUAUCAAUAAAAAAGCUCUCAAAACAUUGUCACCAAAACCAAAAAACCAACAUCAUGGGUAGAGCUCCUUGUUGUGACAAAGCAAACGUGAAGAAAGGUCCUUGGUCUCCGGAGGAAGAUUCUAAGCUCAAAUCUUACAUAGAACAACAUGGUACUGGUGGUAACUGGAUUGCUCUACCACAAAAAAUUGGUUUGAAACGCUGUGGAAAAAGUUGUCGUUUAAGGUGGUUAAACUAUCUUCGCCCUAAUCUCAAACAUGGUGGUUUUUCUGAAGAAGAAGAUAACAUCAUUUGUAGUCUUUACAUUAGUAUCGGAAGCAGGUGGUCGAUAAUUGCAGCUCAAUUGCCAGGAAGAACAGAUAAUGACAUAAAGAACUAUUGGAACACAAGGUUGAAAAAGAAGCUAUUAGGAAAACAUCGAAAAGAACAACAUCAACAACAACAACAACAAGCACGUAAUAGAGGAAACAACAGUGCUAAUGUUAUUAAGCAAGAAAACAACAAUCAAUACUUGGUUCAAGAACAAGCAUAUUUGCCACAUCAUGUAAUGCAAAAUUUGCUAUCAACACCUCCUCCACCUCCACCUCCGCAGCCGCCGUCAAUGUUGCCGUCAUACACAAACCAAGGCUUCAAUGAUCAAGAUUCCAUUAGGAAACUACUUAUCAAGCUUGGAGGAAGAUUUUCAGGUGAUUAUCAUCCUCAUCAUCAUCAUCAUCCUAAUUCUAGUACUAAUGAGUUUGAUGGUUUGAAUGUUCAAUUCUCAAAUAAUGCUACUUCUUCUACUCAUGAACAAGUUUAUGAUCAAGAACAUGUUGGAUCUUCUUCUUGUGUUAAUUCUUCAAAUGGAAACAAUCAAGUACAGUUUGUACAAAAUGGUCAAUAUUUCGACUCGGUGCAAGAAGAAGAUCAAGGAAAAUUCAUCCCUGAAAUUGAUCAUUUGGUAUCUACAAAUUUUUCACAAAGAUUUGAUGGGUUGGAAUUCUUGUAUGGUGAUGAAGACAUGAGUAUUGAGAAUAAUAAGAUAGAAGGUUAUAGUUCUACUUGGGGUGAAGCUACUACUUCAAGCUAUCAUCACCCUCUUGAUUCGAAAUACCAAGGUUAGGCCGCAAUCGGGUGAGUUAAGAGCGGUUUUAAAUUGUGGUUGCAACAGUUACACUACAAAUCGUUAUAUGGCGAGAACAUUCAACUUCAACUGAUAUAUAGUUUAAAUUGCGGUUGCAGACUACAGUUUAAAAUCACGAGAACACAAUAAUUCGGAGUAAUUAAUAACAUUGUGUACAUUAAUAUUAUAAUUUCUGGUAUUAGUCAUUGUUUGUUUGAAGUUUAUUAUUACUGACAAUAAAAUUAGAUAUUUGUCUCCUGGUAUAUUUCUUCUUCUUUAUUAGUCUUUGAACUGUCAGUGGCAGUGUGUUUUCUCUGAGUAUUGUUUUGUAUAUUUGUUUUUGUUGCUAUUAAAUUACUAUUUGUCUUAUAAUUUGAAAUUUUGGCAGCACUGAUGAACAUAAGGAAUUGCUGGUAGAGUAUGUGCUAUCCAUUACUUUUGCAUGAUUUAAUUGUAUUCUUGAUAUUAGUAAAAUGUACGUUAAAAUAGAGUUGCAUUAUAAUUACAAAGAUAUUAAAAUAUUUGCUAAAAAAUAUAAAUUAAAAUAUUGAUAUCUUGAUAAUGGGUUUAA